AUGCAGGAUGUGGGACCGCUGAGGGAGCACUCCUAUCUCCAAGGCUGGAUGUGGGACCCCCGAGGGAGCUCCUCUAACCCCAAGGCUGGAUGUGUACCCCCGCGGCCUCACUCGGACCCCCGCGGCAGGAUUUGGAGGCACCCCCACCCCCGGGGCAGCCUCGUACCUCCUGGCAGUAUGUGGGACCUCUGGGGGAGCAGUCAGGCCUCCAGGACCAAACCACCGGUCCCGCUCAGAAGCCGGAUAGGGACAGGUGUGGGGAAGCGCCCGCCCAGGGUCGGAUGCCCGCGCCUGCCCCGCUGGUGGCACUACCGAUGCGGGCAUACACCCCGAGCAGGAUCCGCGGAAGCGAAGCUAAUCCCCGGCGGCGGCGUAGUUCCAAAUUUUGCCUGCCCAGGACCACUCGCGUCAAUCAAGCGGCGACGAGCCCUGCGGGCCGCCAUCCGCCCGGGGGCCCGGCUGUCUCGCGUGGUUCUUUGCCACCGGGCUCCGAGACCCGCGCCGCCGCUGCUGUUCUGCCCUGAGCGCGCGCUCGCCACCUUCGGGCCCGGGGGCCUCAAGGGGCGAGGGGGCGGAGGACGGGGCCCACCGGCUGAUGGCCCGAGAAGCCGAACGGGAGAGGUGGAGGAACCAGAAGAUGCCGAGGACGAGGAAGAAGAGGAGGAGGAGCUGCUGAGGAGGGACCCUUUGCUGCCGGUGGGGACCCAGUGUGUGUGCCUGGUUCACCCUGAGGUCAAGUGGGGACCCGGGAAGCCGCAGCGGACCCGAGCUGACCGGCAGGUGGUGGAGGCGGAAUCUCUGGUCCACACGCUGGACGGCUGGUCGGUGGUGGAAAGGAUGGUGGUGCCCGCCAGAACAGCCGACGGGAAGGUCGCGUUCGGCAGAGGGACCCUGCGGCACCUGACAGAGAAAAUCAGAGCGUUGCCAGAAAUCACCGCGGUCUUUCUGAAUGUGGAGAGGAUGGCCCCGCCCACCAAGAAAGAACUGGAGGCCGCCUGGGGCGUGCAGGUGUUUGACCGAUUCACCGUUGUUCUUUCCAUUUUCCGCUGCAACGCCCGGACGAAGGAGGCCCGGCUGCAGGUGGCGCUGGCUGAGCUCCCCCUUCUCAGGUCCCACCUGAGUAGCAGCACCGCCUGCCUGGAUGGGCGGGGAGGAGGCUCACGCUACAUCAUGGGGUCAGGAGAAUCGCUCGUGCAGGUGCAACGGCGCCUGCUGAAGGACAAGGAGCUGAAGAUUCGGAAGGCCCUGGACAGACUUCGGGAGAAAAGGCGUCUCCUGGGAAGGCAGCGCAGACGGCGGGAGUUUCCUGUGGUCUCCAUGGUGGGAUACACAAACUGCGGAAAAACCACGCUGAUCAAAGCCCUGACGGGUGAUAACACCAUCCGGCCCCAGGAUCGGCUGUUUGCGACACUGGACGUCACAGCCCACGCGGGGUGGCUGCCCUCCCGCGUGGCCGUCAUCUACAUGGACACCGUCGGCUUCCUCUCCCAGCUGCCCCACGGCCUGAUCGAGUCCUUCUCCGCCACCCUGGAAGAUGUGGCUCAUUCAGAUCUGGUCGUGCACGUGAGAGACGUGAGCCGCCCCGAGACGGAGCUGCAGAAAGCCAGCGUCCCGGCCGCCCUGCGGGGCCUGCGCCUGUCCGCCUCGCUGCUGGACUCCGUGCUGGAAGUUCAUAGCAAGGUCGACCUGGUGCCCGGGUACAGCCCGGCAGGAUCCCAGGCCGUGGCCAUGUCCGCCCUCUUGGGACACGGGCUCCCGGAGCUGAGAGCCCGGCUGGAGGACGCCGUCCUGAGAGCCACAGGGAGACAGGUCCUCACGCUCCGAGUCCGGCUGGCGGGGGCACAGCUGAGCUGGCUGCACCAGGAGGCGACGGUGCAGGACGUGGACGUGAUCCCUGAUGCAGGGGCGGCCAAUGUCAGCGUCGUCAUCAGCAGCUCUGCCUACAGCAAGUUCCGGAAGCUCUUCCUGGAGUCAGCCAACCAGUGAGGGAAGGGAGGCUGUGUGGCCUCAGCACCGCCUUGGGGCAUCCUGCCCGCCCCCUCAGGUGCCUUGCUCCUGCUGGGCCCGAAAGGCUGGUGGCCGCCCCCUUGCGGCCAGAAGUCAGAGGUCAGGUCUCGGGUGACUCCGCGGGGACGAGCUUGUGACCUGAGCGUGGGUUGCCUUCCACGCUGUUCCAGCUACAGGAAUAUUAAAAGCUCUGCUCUUGCGUCUGUAAA